AUGGGCAAAAUAAUUUGUCCGGAUAUAAAUGUUUGGUCUAAUGUUGAAGGUCUCAAACCAAACACAUCAUUAAACUUCAUUUAUUUACCUGCAGAAUUCGAAAUUAGAAAUUGUCAAUUCAUUAAUAUAAGUUUAUUAGAAAAUAGCGGAUCAGCAAUUAAUAUUGAGCAGCCACAUUAUAAGUAUUAUCUACAAGAUCCUAAGAUUACUAUAGAUUCAUGUUAUUUUUGCGAAUGUGUAAGUGAAUCAAGUCCUGGCGCCAUUGGUGUUGAUUACGGAUCUGCUAAAGUUAAUAUCAAUAAAAUGUGUGCAUUAAAUUACGGCGGAUCCAUUGUCACAAUCUUCUAUAUUUCUUCACAAUCAGCUGUUAAUUUUACAUCAUCGACAAUAAACUCGAAUUCUCAAAUAGCUAUGCAGUUUGAUAACUUUGCAUUUUCUUUUAAAUGCCCUGGACGUGAUACUUCAUAUAUAAGAGGAACAAAUCAAACAAAAGGAACUUAUUAUAAAGCAAUAAGUGAAGCUAUUAAUGUUUUAGUUUCGUAUUGCCACUACGAAAAAUUGGCUUCAACAAGUCUAUUGAAUUAUAAAUUAUCAUCAAUAGACCAUUGCAAUUUUAUUGACAUUAAAUGUGAUUUCAAUGUAAUUGCUACAAUAACAAGGGAUAUUCUUGAAAGUAUUAAUUAUUCUGAUUGCAUAUUUAUUCGAACAAAUUACCUUGAACUUUUUGAUAAUCGUACUGUUCCGAAAGAAAAUGGAGUAUUUGAAGGAAAAUACAAUGAUCUAUCAAAGUAUAUGAUUGAUAGUUGCGAUUUUAUUAAAAACAAGAAAGAUCAUUCGCUUGUUAUUAUCAUAACCACCGUUGUGAUUUCAUCAGCUCUUGUUAUAAUUGUAGUCUUGGCUACUUUUAAAGUCUACAGGAAACAUCAGAUUGUUAUUGAAGAACGUUCUGAAUUAGAGCGCAGUAUUGACGCUGAUUUUGGAUAA